AUGUUGUUUCUUCUUCUUAUUCAUCCUCCUUUUCAUCUUUAUCUUCUUUUUCUUCUCCCUUCAUCUUCUUUCUUUCUUUCUUUCUCUUCUUUUUCUUCUCCCUUCAUCUUCUUUCUUUCUUUCUUUCUUUCUUCCUUCCUUUCUUUCUUUCUUUCUUUCUUUCUUUCUUUUCUUUUUCUUCUCCCUUCAUCUUCUUUCUUUCUUUCUUUCUUUCUUUCUUUCUUUCUUUCUUUCUUUCUUUCUUUCUUUUCUUUUUCUUCUCCCUUCAUCUUCUUUCUUUUUCUUUCUUUCUUUCUUUCUUUCUUUCUUUCUUUCUUUCUUUCUUUCUUUCUUUCUUCUUCUUCUUCUUCUUUCGUAUUCUUCCUUUUCCUUCUUCUUCCUUCUUCUUUCUUCUUUUUCUUCUCAUUCUUCUUUCUUCUUCCUUCGUAUUCUUCCUCCUUCAAAUUCUUCCUUUUACGUCUUCCUGCUACUUCUUCUUUGUCUUCCUUCAUCUUCUUUCUUCAUUUUCCUCUUUAUUCUUCUUCUUUCCUUUUCUUCCUUCAUCUUCAUCUUCCUUCUCCUGUUCCUCCUCCUCCUUCUUCUUCUUUCCUAUUCUUCCUCUUUCAUCUUCUUCCUUCUUCUUUCUUCUUCCUUCUUUUUCUUCUCAUUCUUCUUUCUUCUUUUUCAUUUUCUUCCUUCUUCUUUCUUCUUCCUUCUUCUUCUUUUUCCUUCUCCUUCAUCUUCUUCCUUUUACGUCUUCCUGCUACUUCUUCUUCUUCUUCGUUGUCUUCCUUCAUCUUCUUUCUUCUUUUUCCUCUUCAUUCUUCUUCCUUCUUCCUUCAUCUUCAUCUACCUUCUCCUGUUCCUCCUCCUCUUCUUCCUCCUCCUCCUUCUUCUUCUUUUUCUCCACCACCUCCUCAUUUUAUUCUAUGCAACUUUCAGUCUAUGCAAAUUCUUUUAAUUACCUCAUCUUCUCUGCUCCACGCCUCUUUUCUCUUUCUUUCUUUCUUUCUUUCUUUCUUUCUUUCUUUCUUUUUUCUCACUCUCGCUCUCUCUUUCUCUUGCACUUGUCGGAAAUAUCCGACACUUUCAUCUCCCUUUCCAACGCACUCACACCGACUUCCGUUCUCCACAGCCUCCGUCAUCUCCUCGCGGACAACAGGCCGUGAUCCGAUACAAGCGUUUCUAUCUAUCUAUCUAUCUAUCUAUCUAUCUAUCUAUCUAUCUAUCUUUUUCUCACCGAAACCAAACAGUAUGACAUUUCUUUUUUCUUUGCUUUUUUUUUAUCUAACCUUUUGUUCUUCAUUUCUUUUUUCAUUUAACCUUUCUUUCUUUCUUUCUUUCUUUCUUUCUUUCUUUCUUUCUUUCUUUCUUUCACAGCAUUUAUUUAAUAUUUUCUUCGUUUACUAG